AUGUUACGCCUUCAGGUCCGGACGAACGAACGCCGCUCGGUGAUCGCCGCGCGGUUGCAGGCGAGCGUCCUGCGCGGCAGCCUCGCGCGCGUCGACGGCGGCGAGACGUUCGCCACCACCUCGGCCUCCUUGGCCACCGACGCCGUCGCGCGGAAGAUCGCGGAGUCCGAUCAGGCCUUUUUCCCGAGAUUGCGGCAGUUUCUCGAGGAAAACCCGUUUUGUGAUACCGUGGUGCUGCUGCAGCGAUCCUUCGACGCCCCGUCCUUUCAGGAGACGAAGCGACGGCUGCUGCAAAGUUAUCAUGGAUUGGUGCCGUUGAUUCACUACCACCACGGCACCCUUUCGGUGGUGUUGAAGGAGUUCGGGAUGAAAUCGAUCGACGAGAUCGCCGCGGAGCUCACCGGGGAGCUCCAUCACCUGCGCUCGCCCCAAGGCCCCCGACGGAAGGAUUCCGCCACGGCUCCUUCCUCUCAAAGUAUCACCUCCUUGCCCUCGGUCGAGCCGGCAAAGCCGGAGCUCGUGGAUCGACACUCCACCAUGGUGAAGUCGACUCCAACGAGCAGUGAUACCACCAUCGUCUCACCGUAUCUCAAAGAACAGGAAGAGAUGAGGAUGGAUCGGGGGUUUUCAGCGCAUUCGCGCCCGGAUAGGCGCCUCCUCGCCGGGGAAAUCAACCCCACCGCGGCGGCGACGAAGGACGUGCAUGAAGGGAAAGCGGAAGCAGGGAGGUCUUCGGAUGGGUUACCCCCCUCCGAGGCGGGGAUUGGGAUCCGGAAGCCGCAGGAGCAGCCGCGCGACCAAACCCAACAGCCGCACCCUUUUUUCCCCGCGUCUUCCUCGCUUCAUCACGAUACGCCUUUGGCGGCACCGCCGGUUUUACCCUCCCCGACGGCGUCGGAUUUCCCGCCGAGCUCCCGCGCGGGAUCCACCACCGGGGGGGGGUCGACCAAAUCCUCCACGAAUUCCAAAGCGGGGAUCCCCCCUGACGGCGGCGGCGGAUCCUCCGCGCGGAAUGGAUGGGAUGCGCUUCUGGAAGGGAAGCGUCGUCGGUUGAUGCGCGUUGCCUAUGGCGGGAUCGCGCAAGGGGUGAUUCCGCUCGAUCCUCAAUAUCGCCAGCGCGUGCGCGUGUUGCGAGGGAAAUACCACAACCAGCACGUGUUGUUAACGAUUGAGUGGGAGAUUUUUUUCGUGCUCUACUUUGAGCGGGUGCGCUCGUUAGGGAGCACGAAACGAACGUUAAUGCUCGUUCAUCCGGUGUUGUGUGGGUUCACUCCGAUGCUCGCGGAGGAGGACGCCGCCGCGUCGAACGUCGGCGAUUCCAAACGGAAAAAAUCGGAGGCCGCGCUUGGGAAGCGGUUGGUGAUACGAAUCGAGCGCCCGUACAGCCCAGAUGAGGUCGGGGUCUCUGAAGAGGUGUUGAUGCGGCAGUUAAACACCAACAUGCAGCAGUUGAUGGGGUCUGGUAAGACGAAGAAAGGCCUCCCCGCCGGGGGCGACGUCGAAACGAGCAGCAAUGUAAGCGGGGCCGAAAACAAGGAGGUGCGGGAUCAGCUCUUGAAUCGGUUUCAACUCUCGUUGACGCUGGAAAUCGACUCGGAGAGCCGUCGCGACGCCGCGGCCGCGGUGAAGACCCUCAACGGUAGCGUCCGACGCGCCACGGAGGCGUUGUACAAGUCGAUGCUCGCGGCAAACGUCUCUGGCGGCCCUAUGAUCAACGGCGCGGACGCCAAUGCGAUCUUUCCGAAGCCGUUAGCCACGAUGCCAACCGUGCCUUAA